GCCCGGGGAGUGGCCAGGGGUUCCAGGGAGGGAAGGCCGCUGUAUGUCCUUGGGCAGAGAGGAUAGGUGACUCCGGCCGAAGAGGACUCAGAAUGAGGGCCUUGAAGGUUUCCCAGGCAUUGAUUCGCUCUUUCAGUUCAACCGCCUGGAACCGCUUGGAGAACCGAGUGGCUGAGAAACAGAAACUCUUCCAGGCGGACAAUGACCUCCCGGUGCACCUGAAGGGCGGGGGAACUGACAGCAUUCUCUACCGAUUCACCAUGGCGCUGUGUCUUGGAGGCACCAUCUACAGCCUGUAUUGUCUUGGCUGGGCUUCCUUCCCCCAUAAGAAGUGAGACCAAGAAGCCUUCAGGACCUGAAGGACUUGAACAGACAUCAAUAAAUGUGCUGGUUUCUUGGGGAACCCAGCCCAGCUCUGG